UACCAUGCCAACGUAGACAGACUCUAAUUCAUCUAUUGAGACGCUGACAUUUUUUUGACCAUUUAUUCGUUUAUUGUGCAGUUUUUGUUAAAGCAAGAUACUUUGUGACUAUUUACUUCAAAUAAACUGCCAGCAGGAUGUUUGGUUGUGAGGAACGACGUUCCAAAAACAAACGUGUGCAGAGGGCGAGAGACAGAAUCAAGAUGGCGAGAUGACUAACCGCAUUGCAGAGCUGGACAGUAUCUGUGGUGUGAUGCAAAAGGCUGAGUUUGAGGUCUCCACCCAGGCUGGUUCCAUGAAGACCCUGAAGUUGAGAGAGCUGACCCAGCAGAGAGAGACUGAGCUGGGAAAGGCUGCUCUGACGAUGGUCCGUAGAGCAGCACUGCAGGCCCUCCUGGAGCAUGAGAGACAGCAGUACAUCAUAGAGCUCAACAGACUGGGCAAGACCAUCUACAAACAGAGAGUCUAGACUCUAGUCUCCACUAGACCCAUAACAACACCAACGACCAUCUGAAGUUUACGCUGAAAGCCAUCUAGGAGCUAGGAUGUGUGAACAACUAUAGAAUACUUGAAGUAUUUAUGUGAAAACAUUUACUCACAGCCAUCUACAAGCACCUUGUUUACAAUUUAACAUGUGUUUUAUCUUUAGGAUUACAGUUUUACACCGUUGUAUUUACAUAAAUAAAAAAAGGUCUGAUCUGUACAGAAGCAGAGUGGAUAAAAUGA